AUGACUCAGAGGGAGGAAGACUUACGGUUGCCAAGCGACGGAGGCCGUCGGGCGGGGGUGGCGAGGAAGGCACGCGGGGCUGGGGGUGUCGCGCUCUCUCCCUCUCCCUCAGAGCCCCGAGGCGGGCGGGCUCCUCCAGUCCCGGCUGCUGCUGCUGCUGCUGCUCCUCCCCUUCCUGAGCGGCGGCUCCCGAGCCUGCCCGCCGCCCUCGCCACCGCGGUGCCGCUCCAUGCACGGCGGCGAAGGCGACUAGCCCAGCCUGAGGUAAAUUCCCGGCGGCCGAACGGCGGCUUCAGCGGACGGCAAUCCUCCGGGUCCCCUCUCUCCUCUUCCCCUCACGGCCGCGCAGCUCCCGCCUCGCUCGGCUCCCUCGCCUCGCCUCGCCCGCUCGCUUUGCCCGCCUUUCCUUCCCUCACAGGAGGCGGAGGAGGCCGCGGCGGCGCCGCCCCCCGCCAAGGCCCGCCCACGGGCCGCCGCUUGGAAGCAGCCCGCCGAUUGGGCGGCCGAGAGGACGACGCUGGUUGGCUGCGGCGCGCCAGGGUGGCUCCUCCCACUUCCCACCUCGGGUUCGGCGGGCCUAGGUGGGAGGGGGGCGGGGGCGGAAGGAUUUCCCCCCUGCUCCUCUUCCCGGACUCUUAGUUUGGCCGCUGCUGCUGCCGGGCCACGACGGGGGCUCCUUGCGAUUACGAUUAUUGUCAUGGUUAUUAUAUUACGGUUAAUGUUACGCGCAGCCUCUUUGCAAGAAUCGCAGCAUUUUAUUCGUUUAUUUUUCUGCUCUUGCAGAAGCAGAAUUGGGGCUCAUUAUUCUUACUCUAACGUUAUAUGAGAUAUUAUUAAUACUAAAUAAAAGGUAAAGGGACCCCUGACCAUUAGGUCCAGUCAUGGCCGACUCUGGGGUUGUGGCGCUCAUCUCGCUUUAUUGGCCAAGGGAGCCGGUGUACAGCUUCCGGGUCAUGUGGCCAGCAUGACUAAGCCGCUUCUGGCGAACCAGAGCAGCGCACGGAAACGCCAUUUACCUUCCCACCAGAGCGGUACCUAUUUAUCUACUUGCACUUUGACGUGCUUUCGAACUGCUAGGUUGACAGGAGCAGGGACUGAGCAACGGGAGCUCAUCCCGUCGCGGGGAUUCAAACCACCGACCUCCUGAUUGGCAAGUCCUAGGCUCUGUGGUUUAACCCACAGCGCCACCGGCGUCCCUUAUUACUAAAUAGGAUUGUUAUUAAUACUGAUAUUAUGAUCACGCAACCCCUACGUCGGAAUCGCAGCAUUGCACAAGGCCCACUUUCUUGCUUACAGAAGCAGCAGAAUUGGGCUCAUUUUUCUUAUUAUAGCAUUAUAUAAUUAUUUAAUAUGUUGAUACUACUAAAUGUUAUUAAUAUUAUCACACACACCCUCUGUAGGAAUCGCAGCAUUGCACAAGGCCCACUUUUUUUGGUUUAUUUUUCUGCUUCAGCAGCAGCAUGACGGGGGCUCGUUAUUUUUAUUAUAUUAUUACUGCAUUAUUUUAAUGAAGGAUUUCUUGCUAGUAAGGAAGCUUUAGGUUGCAAGCUAUGCAGCCAGAUUAUCCCUGUUUUACCUAGCUCUCGGUCUGUCUAGAUUCACUAAUUCUGUCAUAGUUACAGCUGGAGACAGCCAUGUUUCCGAUGUUCCAUAAGCAGUCCGGACCAUACACAACAGAGCUCCCUCUCUACAAGCCAUACAGAGUUCAGGUGACAAACAUAAAGGAAACUGUUGCUCCUGGAGAGCGUAGUUUGCAAGCACAACAUCCGGCCUGCUUUAGAGUUCCCCAAAUGUAUCUGGACAGAACUGUGAGCUGUGUGUAACGCUGGCCUCAUUCAGCGCAUGGACUCUUGCUUGUUAGUCUCUCACCCCUCACCCACCCACUAGGAAAUGGAUUUCAGCUGCAUGACUGCAACCCCCACCCACUAAUGAGCCAUGCCAGAGCAGAAUGUACACUCUCUGGAAGCCAUCAGUGUUGUAGGACAUGCCCUGUGCAUGCACGAAACUUUCCUUCAUCAAUAAGAUUCCUUCAUCAAUAUUUUCUGAGAAUCCUCCGGAAAAACAAUCUCUCAAAGGACCUGUUGAUGGCAUUUUACCAUUGCACUGUGGAGAGUGUAUUAACUUAUGGUCUGUGCGUGUGGUUUGGGAGCUGCACAGCCAGGGAAGAAACAAUGCUGUCCAGGGUUGUAAAGACUGCGGAGAGAAUAAUUGGGUGCACUCUUCCCACCUUGGAUCAAAUCUAUGCUGUCAGGUGCCAUAAGAAAGCUGCAGGAUAGUGCGCACCCCGGAAAUGAUCUCUUUCAGCUUCUGCCUUCUGGAAGAAGGUAUAGGGUUAUAAAGGCCAGGACUAGCCACCUGAGAAACAGUUUCUACGCAAAUGCAAUUCUGGUUCUAAACGCAGCAUAAGGAGUCUCUAUAGUAUAUUGUAUUUUAAAAUGGGGUUUCAGAGUUUUUAGGGGGUUUUGAAUGUUUUAUGUAGUUUUCCAAUUUCAUUUUCUGUAUGGGACAAUGAUAAUAAAGAUAUCGUAUAUCAUGCAACAGUCACUGAAGAUUAUUCAGCUGCGAGGACCUGCUUGGUUCCCAUACCAUCUGUACCUGAACCACAGCUGUGUUGACUGGGGCUGAUGAGACUUGCAACCCAAAGCUUCUGCUCCUCCCUCUUCAUUCCUCGACUGGUCCUGGGAGCCAGUGGAGCAGGAGAGGUGCAGCAGGAGGUGGAGGCAUAGAAGCUCUUAGUUCUACAUCAGCCUGACCUCUCUCUCUCCUCCUGCAACCGUUCUUCACUCUCCAGUCCUGCAGCUUCUCUUGCCUCUUACUCUCAUCUCCUGGCUGUUACAGGCUCCCCCAGAUCAUUGUUCCCUUCUUCCAAGUCAGUCCCAACCCCCUUUCUCCCAGUGCCCCCUCAUCAGAAUCCACCCACCACUGCUCAGUGUCCACUCAGUCCCUGACACCAGCUCUCAGACACCUCAUGGCCAAAGUAGCUCUGACACCAGUCACAUUGGUCUUUGCAAACUUUGCCUCCUCACCCCAUCCUCUACUAACAUAGGAACAGUGGGGAGCAAAGGGUUAAAUCCCCUCUUGCACAUCCGCUGGUGCUGAUCAAGAUUAACACCCACCCACCACAGCUGCUAUAUGGUUAAAAAAAAACAGAAGAGGACCGCUCACAUGAUUCCCAUCAUGCCUAGUUUGGCCACCCGUUUUUUGGCAACUCCGCUCUUAGAAUCCAGAUACAAAUCCACAUGAUACGUCUGUAACCCCGACAGCAGACUCGAGCUCACCCCCCGGAAACCUGCUGAUGUUGCUGCGGCAUUAUCGCCUUGCAACACCAUGUGAUGACCAGCCACAAAAGCAGAAGUGGCAGCAUGUGAUAAAGGCAGCCCCGGAGGGUGUCUUGCACUGCCAGCACUGUGGCAAUUUCGCAAAGGGGAAGGGACUAAAGGUCAGUGCUCUUCUGCGCUUCGGUGGUUGCCUGAAGCUGUUAGAGGUCAUCAGGCGAGCCUUCCCCAAGCUGGUGCCCACCAGAAGUUUUGAACUCCGGCUCGCAUCUGCCCAAGCAAGCAUGGCCAGUGGCAGGGAUGAGGGGAGCGGUUGCAUCCCAUCUGUGGAAUCAUGUGACUGAUAGUCCACCUGACCUUGGGUUAUAAAGCUUCUCAUUAAAAUUUCCUAUACUUUUGUUUUUGUCAGGGCGCAUUUAAAGCCACAGCCUAAAAUCAGUUUUGGAAACUCCAACAUUUUGGUAAUUUGUUACUAUAAAUUGUUGCAAAGUUUGGGAUUCAAAAUGACCCAGUGAAAUUUGCAAAUUUCACCAGUGGUGGCGUGCGGUCAGAGUGUCAGAACAGGUCCUGGGGGAGCAGGGUUCGAAUCCCCACUCAGCAGUGAAGCUCACUGCAUGAGCUUGGGCCAGUCACUCACUCUCAAGCUAACCUACCUCACAGAGUUGUUGCGGGGAUUAAAUGAGGAGAGGGAGAACCACGUAAGCCACCUUGAGCUCCGUGGAGAAAAGUGUGGGAGAUAAACGCAAAUGCAAUGUAGUAUAUGAAACCAGUUAGUGGAAGUAGUCUGCAAACAGAAUAAUAGUAGACGGCGCAGAGUGCAUCUGGUGUGGAAAAUAUUUCCAUUAAGGUUUUCUCUUUCUUUCUUUCAAAAAUAAUAUGUGGAGCUCAGCAUUUUGGCCUAACAAUUGCAAUGUUAUACAUCAAAACUCACCACCCUCCUCUGCUAUUCAGCCUUUACUGAGGUGCUAAUACAGCACUCGGGCUGUCUCUCUAUUGAAGGUUCUAGGACAAAACAUUACUCCCACCUCCACCUGUCUUUGCCCAUAAGCAGAAAUACUUGUAUGCAUCAUUUUAAUCCCAUGCAAAGUAGGGGGUGCAUUAGUAUUUACAAUAGUUUAUUUUCCAAAAUGAUGAAGCUGGCCUAUGCUCUCAUGGUGGAAUUGCAACAGAAGCAACACGCUAUUGAACAAAGACAGUGCAUACAAAAACAGCAUACACAGCAGGCUUGCAGACCAUGUGGCAUUGCCUCAACGGAAGGUUAUUAUAAUUUCCAACUAAAUAGAAGGCAGAUAAAAUUAAUGGAAAUGUUAAUAUUCAUAUGCUGUGUCAAAAAAAAUAUAUCAGUUGCAUCUGCUUGGCCACUAUGAGUACAGAAUACUGGACUAGAUGGGCCUCUGGUCUGAUGGGGCAGGGCUCUUCUUUUGUUCGUAGUAGUUAGAGGAGUGCAUCAGUGUCAAAGUCCCAGAGCUAUUAAAUGAUUAAAACAUUUCUGGAAGCAGCUUCAGAACUGAGCUUGUGUAUAUACAUAUUUAUAAAAGUUACCAGUGAUGGCUUAUGUGGUUUCUGGAAGAAAACUGCAUUAAAAUAAUAAUAACGCUGUCUCUUUUCUUCUAGUAA